AUUGGUUAAUUGGUCACAUGACAUUUGUACACAGGUGUAAAUGUUAAUUAAGUGUCAUUAUAAAAGGAGAUGAGUGAUGGUCUGAAAUCAAACAGAUUCAUUGUGGUAUCAGAGUUGUUAUUGUCUUUACGCUUUCACUUGCAUUCAGAACUUGUAUCUGUCCAUCAUGUCUGGCCGUGGAAAGAAGAUCGUCGCUGCUGCAGCAAAGAGCAAAACUUCAGUGUCGCGUUCGUCCCGCGCCGGCCUGCAGUUUCCGGUUGGUCGCAUCGCGCGUCUCCUGCGGAAGGGAAACUACGCGCCACGCAUCGGUUCGGGCGCAGCCGUUUAUCUGACAGCGGUCAUAGAGUAUCUGUGCGCGGAGGUGCUCGAGCUCGCGGGGAACGCGAGCAGAGACAACAAAAAGCUCCGCAUCGCGCCGCGUCACAUUCAGCUGGCAGUAAGAAAUGACGAGGAGCUGAACACGCUGCUGGGAGGCGUCACGAUCAGUGAAGGUGGUGUUCUGCCCAACAUCCAGGCCCAACUUCUCCCUAAAAAGACCAAAGCUCCCCGAGACCCUAAAGAUAAGCUAAAGCCCAAUCUGUCCAUCAUGUCUGGCCGUGGAAAGAAGAUCGUCGCUGCUGCAGCAAAGAGCAAAACUUCAGUGUCGCGUUCGUCCCGCGCCGGCCUGCAGUUUCCGGUUGGUCGCAUCGCGCGUCUCCUGCGGAAGGGAAACUACGCCCCACGCAUCGGUUCGGGCGCAGCCGUUUAUCUGACAGCGGUCAUAGAGUAUCUGUGCGCGGAGGUGCUCGAGCUCGCGGGGAACGCGAGCAGAGACAACAAAAAGCUCCGCAUCGCGCCGCGUCACAUUCAGCUGGCAGUAAGAAAUGACGAGGAGCUGAACACGCUGCUGGGAGGCGUCACGAUCAGUGAAGGUGGUGUUCUGCCCAACAUCCAGGCCCAACUUCUCCCUAAAAAGACCAAAGCUCCCAGAGACCCUAAAGAUGUACAGUCUCAAGACUUCUGAAAUACUCUUAUUGCAAUGAACAAUGUUUUUAUAGCUGCUCAUUUGUAUUAAUAAAGACUUUAUUUUAAUAUU